CUGAAGGAAAUGUUUAACUAUAAAUAGCAGAGCCAUACGAUCGAGCUUUACACCUCGUCCUUGUAUAAUCUAUAAUUAAUUAUUUAAAUCAUAUAGUUUGUAACUAUGGGUAUUGUGACUUAUGAAGGCAAAAUUGAGAGCUCAAUCCCACCCGCCAGGCUGUUCAGGAUGAUCAUCCUGGAACCUGAAAUCUAUGUCCCUAAGGUUCUGCCUGGUGCUAUCACUAGUUUCGAGACUCUUCAAGGAGAUGGAGGCCCUGGAACUAUCAGGAAAAUGAGCUUUGGAAAUGGCAGUCCAAUAUCGCAUGUUGUCGAGACGGUUGAUUGGCUGGACAAAGAGAAUUGUAUAUUUCACUAUUCUAUAAUUGGAGGCGAUCCAACUCUGAUAGAUACAAGUAAACUCGAGAAAAUGUCUUUCGUGCUAAAGCUUGAACCUACUCCCAGCGGUGGAACCAUGGCCACAAGAAGCUGCAAGGGAUAUACAGUGGAUGGCGCUGAUGUGGACGAAGAGGAAGUUCGAACUAGUCUAAUCAAGACCAUUGAAGUCUUUAAAGGAGUUUUCAAGCUAUAUGAAGCUUAUGCUAUAGCAAAUCCUGAUGCAUAAUUAUAUAUUUACAUGCCUAUUUUUUUUUAAUUAAUAAGCCAUUGUUAUGAGCAAAACCCAGUUGCAAUAAAACAUCUUAAUAAAUCUAAUCCUUUUUUUUUUUUUUA